UAAUGCUAUAAAACAUUUGGCCGCACGACUAACACGCUGUCGUUUUGGGAGCCCAAUAGACUCAUUCGGUAUAACCAGGGAUAGUGAUUACAUAGUCGGGAAUCUCGGAAGAAAAAUAUCAUUUACCAACCAUGGCGGUCUCCCAUUCAUUCAUCAUCGUAAUUGCAGGCUUUGUUUUGGUUUCCCUGGUUUCUGUAUAUGGGGAUAGUGUCACACCUAUAGAUAUCUAUGCCAGGGAGCUCAUGGAUGCUGCUAAUAAUGAUAUGGAAUGGUUGAAGUCAAUAAGGAGAAGAAUUCACGAGUACCCAGAACUAAUGUUUGAGGAAUAUAACACAAGUGCCCUUAUCAGAAGUGAGCUCGAUAGAAUGGGGGUAUCAUAUAAAUGGCCAUAUGCAAAGACUGGUGUGGUGGCCCAGAUUGGUUCUGGAUUGCCUCCCGUUGUUGCUCUCAGGGCAGACAUGGAUGCCCUACCUCUGCAAGAGCAAGUGGAAUGGGAGCACAAGAGCAAAAUUGCAGGAAAAAUGCAUGCAUGCGGGCAUGAUGCCCAUGUUACAAUGCUUCUUGGAGCUGCCAAAUUGCUCCACCAACGGAAGGACAAGCUCAAGGGUACUGUGAGACUCAUAUUCCAACCUGCAGAAGAAGGGGGAGCAGGUGCAGCUCUUAUGACCAAUGAAGGUACACUUGCAGAUGCUGAGGCUAUUUUUGGAAUGCAUGUUGAUAAUACGUUGACAACUGGCACUAUUUCUUCAAGGGCAGGCCCAUUUUUUGCCGCUGUAUGUAGGUUUGAAGCAACAAUAGAUGGUAAAGGUGGACAUGCAGCAUUUCCACACAUGAAUAUAGAUCCAAUUGUUACUUCAUGUUAUAUUAUUUUGAGUUUGCAGGAACUCAUUUCCCGAGAAACAGAUCCUCUUGACAGCCAGGUUAUCUCAAUUGGGUUUAUUAAUGGUGGAGAGGGACAUAAUGUUAUACCUCAUAAAGCCAAAAUUGGAGGAUCCUUGCGAAGCUUGACUACUAAAGGACUCACUAAUCUUAAGAAAAGAGUCAGAGAGGUAAUCGAAAGCCAAGCUGUUGUACACAGAUGCAACGCUUUUGUAGAUUAUUUUGAACAUGUGCCCAUGUACCCCGCUGUGGAUAAUGACGAAAUUUUGCACAAUCAUGUAAAAGAAGUUGGUGCAACCUUGCUUGGUUUAAGCAAUGUAAAGACUGCACCACAAAUAAUGGCAGGUGAAGACUUUUCAUUCUAUCAACAGAUUAUACCGGGUGUAAUGUUUAGUGUUGGUAUAAGAAACCAAGAUAUAGGUUCAACUCAUUCGGUACAUUCUCCAUUCUUCUUUUUGGAUGAAGCUGUACUUCCUGUUGGAGCAGCUCUACAUACUGCAAUUGCAGAAGUGUAUUUUGACAAGUAUAGGGACAAGGGAAGUCAAGCCCCUAUUGAAACAAGACACACUGAACUGUAAGUUGCUAAUAUUGCAUUGGUUUCAUCAUAUCUCACAUACAAUUUGUAUUAAUUAUUAUGACUAGGGUGGAUUAGUGAACUUGAUGAAAAUUUUAUAUUUUCCAGAUAUACAGCCACUUUGUAUUGAAUGAGGAAUCCUGAAAAGAUUAGCAGUUA